AUGCUGAGAAGUUCGUGGUCUACACUGCGACCAGUUGCUGGUAAGAGACUGUUCAAGGCCGCUACUUCGUCAGGCAUUGCUCAGCGUCAUAUUCACUCGUCGUUGGCAAGUCAAAAAGCAGUUCAAGAUUUGGCAGCCAAUGCUCGUAAAUAUGGUAACCCCAUUGGAGCUCCUUUGGACCCCAACUUUGGCAAGACCAUUAUUACCGAGGAUUUACAAGUCGCUGAAGCCACUGGCGGUACCGGUGAAAAGAAGAUCCGUCAUUUCACAGUCAAUUUUGGACCCCAGCAUCCAGCUGCUCACGGUGUGUUACGAUUAAUUUUAGAACUCAAGGGUGAAGAAAUCAUCCGUGCCGACCCUCACAUUGGUUUAUUACACCGUGGUACCGAAAAGUUGAUUGAAUACAAAACAUAUACUCAGGCGCUUCCAUAUUUCGAUCGAUUGGAUUAUGUGUCGAUGAUGACCAAUGAGCAAGUUUUCGCAUUGGCAGUCGAGAAAUUGCUCAAUGUCGAGGUGCCAAUUCGUGCUAAAUACAUCCGUACAAUGUUUGGCGAAAUCACUCGUAUUUUGAACCAUCUCAUGUCCAUUCUUUCACACGCCAUGGAUGUGGGAGCUCUGACUCCUUUCUUGUGGGGUUUCGAAGAAAGAGAAAAGCUCAUGGAGUUCUAUGAACGUGUUUCAGGAGCUCGUUUGCACGCUGCAUAUGUCCGACCCGGUGGUGUGUCUCAAGACUUGCCCGCCGGUUUGUUGGACGAUAUAUACAUGUGGGCUACUCAAUUCGGUGAUAGGAUCGAUGAGACUGAAGAACUGCUUUCUGACAACAGAAUGUGGAAACUGAGAACACAAAAUGUCGGUGUUGUGUCGGCUCAGGACGCUCUUGACUAUUCGCUGUCCGGAGUCAUGCUCAGAGGUUCUGGUAUCCCAUGGGAUAUCCGUAAGAGCCAACCCUACGAUGCAUAUGACUUGGUGGAUUUCGAGGUCCCUGUAGGCACUAAUGGUGACUGUUACGACCGUUAUUUAAUCAGAAUGUCCGAGUUCCGUCAAUCUUUGCGCAUUAUUGAGCAAUGUAUCAACCAGAUGCCUGCUGGACCUGUCAAGGUCGAGGAUUACAAGAUCGCUCCUCCACCUCGUUCUUUAAUGAAGGAAGAUAUGGAGUCGCUGAUUCACCACUUCUUACUGUUCACCAAGGGUUACUCAGUGCCUGCCGGCGAAACAUACACUGCCAUCGAGGCCCCCAAGGGAGAAAUGGGUGUCUACGUAGUGUCGGACGGCUCUGAACGCCCCUAUAGAUGCAAAAUCAGAGCCCCCGGUUUUGCCCACUUGGCUGCAUUCGACCACAUCUCCCGCGAGCAUUUCCUACCAGACGCUGUUGCCAUCAUUGGUACCAUGGACUUGGUAUUCGGAGAGGUCGACCGAUAA